UCCGUAUUCUCCGACAGGUUCUUUCUCUCUAACCUUGGCUCAUGAUCAAUCAUCUCAUUUCACAAUUUUAGCAAAAAGGAUCAACUUGCUUCGAUCAUCAGGUUGUGAGAAGUUGUGGAGGUUUCCCAUUAGCGAUCAAAGUAAUUGGCGGUGAACUCAGGGGCAGGCACCCUGAUAUCUGGAGAAAGAAGUCAAAAGAAUCCUCACAGAGCGCAGACUAUUCUCCUUCAGGGGCGCUUACUUAUCUCCAUAACUCAUUACAUUAAGUGUUUUGAAGGAUUUUGAAGCCGUUAGAGAAUUCUUCAUGGACCUUGGCUCAUUCCCUAAAAAUCAAGUUAUCCCUGUUACUGCCUUAAGCGACAUGUGGGCAGAGCUUUACCAGGAUGAUGAUGAUGGAAUAGAUGUGAUGAGCCACAUCCGCCAAUUGGCAUACAUGAAUUUGGUUGAUAAGGUGGUUCAAAGGCGAAUUGGAAGUGAUGAAGACAAUAGCCACAAUAACCACAUCCUAACCCAGCAUAAACUUCUCAGAGUUGGCCAACAAAUAUUCAAGGGAGGGCGCAGUAUUAGAGAGGAAAAGGCUAAUUCUUGGGAGUGACUCAGAGCUAGUUCUGUUCCUUUUCUAUCACUCCUCGCAGGAUCAACACGGCAAAGGACAGCUGCUCGUGUAUUAUCUAUAUCGACUGAUCAAAACGCCACUCCAAAUUGGUGCGACAAUAUUCAACCAACUGAAGCUGUGGUUCUAGUUUUGAAUAUUUUCAAGACUUCAGAUUACACGUUACCGAAAUUCACAAAGGCAAUGGGAAACCUGAAAGUUCUUAUACUCACUGGUUAUGCUUUCUGUUUCACCAAGUUAAGAAAUCUCAAGUUACUUGCUUCUUUAAGGAGCCUCAAAAGAAUCCAAUUGCAGCAUGUUUCUAUUCCGUCCCUUUGCGACUUGAAGAAUGUGACCAAGUUGUCAUUUUACAUUUGUCAAGUAAAGAAGGCUUUUGAGGAUAGUUCCAUCGAAUUCUCAUCAGCAUUGCCAAAACUGGAAGACUUGAACAUCGAGUAUUGCAAUGAUUUGGUUGCGUUGCCUUCUGGGCUCUGCUUUGUUGUCAACCUGAAGAAACUUGGCAUCAUUAGUUGCCACAAAUUUAUUGGACUACCCCAAGUUGAGAAUCUGGAAUUACUGCAGAUUAGUUACUGUGCUGACUUUGAAAAUUUGCCAGAGUCAAUCACGCAGCUGAGUCAUCUAAGAAUUCUAGGCAUCUCACACUGCGUAAUUAAGCUUGAGGAGAAUACCAGACAAAAUUGGGGAGCUGCAGAAUCUGAGAAAGCUUUAUAUGACAGGUUGCUCAAUACAUGAAUUGCCAGACUCGGCCAUGAAAUUGGAGCAUUUAGAGAAGGUGAUAUGCGAUGACUGUACAUCUCAUUAUGGGAAGUGAUCAGUUCGGGGCUACCUAACCUCAAGGCAAACAUUGCCCAGACAAACAUUACCUUGAAUUGGCCUUCGGGCUGUCCUUUAAUUAAAAUCACAAACAAAUUGCUCCAUUGGUUUUGCUUGUUUCUUUUCAUCUUUUGUCGUUUGAAUCAAUCAUUUUUUGCUGUAAACUUGCACAAUCCUGUUAUGUCACUUAGACAGAUGUUUGUGUUUGAU